AUGUAGAGAACCGAUGUAUUGGCCAAUAGAAUAAGCAUUUUAAUUGCUUUUUUAUUAAUAUGCAUUUUAAUUGCUGUAUUUGGAAGACAAUCAAAUGAAAAUUAAGCAAUUUCUGAACGUUUUGAACCUGAAGUGUCAGAAUCAGAAAUUCGAUACUUUUUAGAAAAUGAUAUUAACUUUAAUGAUAGUGAUUAAUUUGGAAUUUAGACAAUACAAGAUUGGUUACCUAUAUAAUCUGAAUUAGCUCAAUUGAAUUUGGCAUUAGAGUAUUUUUCGCGCUUAAAUUUGGACAAAAUAUUGAAUAAACAUGUUGGUCUUGAGGAAUAAGUAAAUUAAUGUUUAGAGUUACAUUUGAAUUAAGAAUUAGAAAAAUAUGUGAAUCAGAUAAAUUCAAGUUCAAUAAAUUAAACUAUUAAUUCAGAUGCUCUAUUUAAUUAUAAUGUUCUUUUUGAAAAAAAAAUAUAAUUAAAUGAAGCAAUAUUUAAUAAAAAAGCAUAAUUAGAUAUUUUGUCAGCUGAAGAAAAAGACUUAAAAUAAAUAUGCACAUAAUAUUAAUUGAAUGAAUUAGAAACUAUAAAACUUGAUAACAAAAUUAAAUAAUUUUAGAAAUAUUCUUAGGAUAUAAAUUAUUUGGAAUAAAAAAUAAAUGAUUCAAAUUAUAAGAUUUAAUAAUAUUUAUAAGAAUAAGGAAAUUAAGAAGAUUUAACAAAAGAGUAUUAAAAAGAUUAAGAAUUAGCAAAAAUUAUGAGCAAAUUAUUUAAACCUACAGGAACAAAAUCAGUAGAAAUUCAUGAUGAAAAAUUAGGAGGAAUUUUAAAUGUUUUAGAUAAAAAUAUGAAAUAAUAUAAUACAACUGAAGUAUUUUUAAAUGGUUUGAAUUUUCAUCGUGAAAUAUAAAAAAAUUAUUUAGAAGAGAUGCAAUUAAUUAUAUAAAGAGAUUAGAGUUCAUUAGAAUACAAAAGAAGAGAAAAAAAUAAUUUAGAAAAAGAAAUUGAAGAUUUGGAGAAAUAAAAAAAGGAAAAAAAUGAAAAUUAUUAAAAUGCUGUAAGUAGAUUAGAAGAAAUAAGAAGAAGUAAAAUAGAAUUAAAUAAUUUAACUUAAAUUGAAAGAUAAGAAUUAGAUUAGGUUAUUUAUGAAUUGAAAAAUUACAAUCCAUAAAGUAAUCUUUAAAAUGAUGAAAAAUUAGAUGCAUAAAAAAAAUUUAAAGGUAAAUAAUUAAUAUUAAUUAUAUAGAAUAUUUAUAUUUACAUUUAAAAGAGGAUUAAUUGUGUGUUGAAAAAUGCAUUGAAUAUGAUUCUCUUAAUCAAUAAAUUAAUAUUGGAAGAUAUAGAAUUUCAUUGAAAUCAAUUUAAAAACAUUUCUCAGAAUUGGAAUUAAAAUUUAAAGAAUUCAAAAUUUGA